AUGUCCCAACCGGAACACAAAACAGAGCCAAAGGAGGCAGACUCCCUGCUGAUGGCCUCUGGCCAAAACUCCAAUGAACUAGAUGUCAACGAAUUUCGUGGCGAUGCUGAUGAAACGAAUCAUUUGGAGAGGUCACCCAGCAUGCUACAAAGAAUGCAAACUCGGUUGUCUUUCUUCAAUGACAAGCUCAAGGAUGCCCGAAAGAAGAUUUUGAUCAAAUACCUCCUCAUCUAUGCGCUCAUGGCAUUCCUCAUGCUCGGCAUUUUCUCCAUCUAUUGGGGAACCGGUUUCGAAAGAGAGCAGCGAUACCAUCGUCUUAGGAUGUUGGUGGUCAUUGAAGACGUCAACGUUGUCAAUGAUACACAGCCAGUCAUCGGAAACUCAUUGAGAGAGCUUCUAGAGCUGCCCGAGGCCCGAAACUAUGGUGGCUGGUUGAUUCAGAACAACACGGAAUUCAACGAAUCCGCCGAUAGACACGGAAUCUCAGCCUGGGAGGAGGUAGUACGCCAGGUUCAUCAUCAAAACUACUGGGCCGGUAUCUAUGUUCGUGCUAGUGCUUCCAACGAUCUCAAAAAUGCCAUUUUAUCCGGAGAUACGUCCUACAACGUCUCGAGCGAGACAGUAAGAGUGUACUACGAGACAGGCCGUGACAUGAUGUCGAUGAACUCUUACGUCACACCAAACGUUGAAAAGAUGUCAUCAAUAUUUGCUGCUAACACCAGUUAUGUCACCAAUUCUUUGAUGUCAAGCGAAGAUCUCUCGAAUGUCUUCGCCAGCCCAAACUCACUCGCGGUAGCCAGCACACCUCUCCAGUUCCUGAUGGAAGAUGGCAGACCAUGGAACGAUCCGGUACUUUUUGCUCCAUCACAGGUGGGAUUGAUUUACUUGAUCAUUCUUACCUUCUUUGCAUUUAACUUUUUCAACGACGUUCACCUGACUGUGGCUCGUCUCGGCAUCAAGACCCCUCACCUCGUUCUUUAUAGAGCCUUGUCGUCCAUUAUCAGUUUCUUCGUCCUCAGUUUGAUCUAUUCCCUUGUGACAUUGGCUUUCCAAGUCGACUUUGGAAAGGCUUUUGGCCGUUCAGGCUUCCUUGUGUAUUGGAUGACCAACUUUUUGACGAUGUGGGCUGUCGGUGCCAUGAACGAGGUUAUGGCCAUGUGGUGUAUCAUGAUCUACCCUCCAGUUCUCGGCUUCUGGAUGUUGUUCUGGGUCAUCAUUAACAUUUCUCCCACAUUUACUCCAAUGGCGAUUUUGCCCAAGUUUUACAGAUACGGUUAUGGUUUGCCAGUGCAUGCCUCGUACGAGAUCACCAAGGUUAUCUUUUUUGACACUUACAAGGGUGCCAUGGGCAGAAACUAUGGUGUUUUAGUUGCUUGGGAUGCCCUUGCUACCGUUUUGUUGAUUGUCACCUUCAAGAUUUUCGGCCAGAAAAUGGGUGGCAAGGCGAGAGCUGAUAGAGAGAGGUUGAAGGAGGAAUUGAGAGAAGAAAUCCAAAACGAGGAGUCCGUCGAAGACAUUCCCAGAGAAAGAAAUUAG